AUUUAUAUCAUUGAUAGACUCAACUGGCUUCUGUCAGAGUGUAAAUAAACCAACUCAUUGUUUUAAUCACACUCUUGACCUUGUUCUAUCAUAUGGCAUUGAUAUUGAACAUUUAAAAGUCUUCCCACAUAAUCCUUUCCUAUCAGACCAUUAUUUAAUAACUUUUGAAUUCAUACUAUUAGAUUAUAAGCCAUUAGGCAAAACUUCCUACAGCAGAUGUCUAUCUGACAGUGCUGUAGCUAAAUUUAAGGAGGAGAUUCCUUCAGUGUUUAAUUCAAUGCCAUGUCUGAAUAUAACAGAGUCCUAUAACAACUUUAAUCCCUCCGAAAUUGAUCAUCUUGUUGAUAGUGCUGCAGGCUCACUACGAUCAACAUUAGACUCUAUCGCUCCUAUAAAAAGGAAAUUAUUAAAACAUAGGAGACUAGCACCUUGGUAUAACCACCAAACCCGCCAGUUAAAACAAAUAGCUAGGAAAUCUGAAAGGAAAUGGCGCUCUUCCAAAUUAUCAGAAUAUCGCUCAAUUUGGCAAGAUAAUCUUAAAACUUAUAGAAAGGCCCUCCGUAAUGCCAGAGGAGCCUAUUACUCAGCACUAAUAGAAGAAAAUAAGAACAACCCUAGGUUCCUCUUCAGCACUGUAGCCAGACUGACAGAGAGUCACAGCUCUAUUGAGCCACAUAUCCCCAUAAACUUAAGUAGCAACGACUUUAUGAGCUUCUUUUAUAAUAAAAUUAUUACUAUUAGAGAAAAAACUAAUCACCAACUGCCAUCAACAGUUAUCAGUGGCUCUCCAAGUUCAGGGACUUCUGUCAAUGUAAACUUAGAUGUAUAUUUAGACUGUUUUUCUGCUAUCGAUCUUCAUCAGUUAACUUCAAUCAUUCCUUCAUCGAAGCCAUCAACCUGUCUAUUAGACCCGAUCCCAACUAGGCUGCUUAAAGAAGUCGUACCCUUAAUUGUCACUUCUUUACUGGAUAUGAUUAAUCUUUCUUUAUUAUCAGGAUAUGUACCACAGUCCUUUAAAGUAGCUGUAAUUAAACCCCUUCUUAAAAAGCCCACUCUUGGUCACGUGAUGCAGCGAGGAUAGACGGACGUGCCUCCGAGAGCUACCGACAACACCUAGUUAAAAUUAUCCUUUUACUGGCUUAUACCACCCAAACUCUGAACUAAAGUUGACUUCAGGUAAGUGCAUGAAUACCAGAUCCAAAAGGAAACUAAACUACCUUGCUGGUCCUGCACUUAUGAUGGAUGCGAAAAAUCCUGAGGCUAGCUCUAGCCAUCCACAGGCUAGCAUCCGACAUGACGAGCAUGGCGAAGAAGGAGGGAAGUCAGGUGAGAAUUUGACUCCCAUUCUCAGAGAGAUAUGGGAAGGAAACCAAAAACUCGCUACCCAACUUGAUUCCAAGCUGACGGAGAUUAAUAAUGCAAUCACGAAGCUGGAUAAAACAAUGACGGUCUAGUCACGAGAGUUACGCAGGCUGAAAACCGCAUCAGUGAUGCAGAAGAUACACUAGUGGGUCUGGACAAAACAAUGCUUCAGCUACGCAAACAGAAUGAAUACCUGCUUGAAAAAGUUGACCAACUCGAAAAUUACAGCAGGCGUAACAACAUCCGAAUCAUUAAUCUACCGGAGGGUUGUGAAGGCGCGAAUCCAGUUAAGUUUUUCACUGACUGGCUCCCCGCUACUCUGGGCUCUGACAACUUCCCCGACCCCAUCAUGCUGUUGUCGUCGUCAUCAUCUUCUUCAUGUUCAUCAUCAUCAGUCACUACUAUUAGUGUAGUUGUUGCUACUGUUGUUGCUGUGCACCUCUGUCUGUCUGUCUGUCUGUCUCUGUUUCUGUCUCUCUCUCACCCCAACUGGUCGAGGCAGACGACCACCCACCUAGAGCCGGAGGAUCUGUCCUAGGUUUCUGCCUUUUAACAGGCAGUGUUUCCUUGCCCUUGUCUCCAAGGUCUUGCUCAUGGUGGUACUGUUGGGUCUCUGUAAAUAAUGUUAUAAAGAGUUCGGUCUAGACCUGCUCUAUUUGAAAAGUGUCCUGAGAUAACUUCUGUUAUGAAUUGGCGCUAUACAAAUAAAAUUUAAUUUAAUUUAAUUGAAUGCUAAUGUACCACUAAUACUGCGAGUACUGUAAUACUGCUGCUAAUGCUAAUGUACCGCUAAUACUGCGAGUAUCCCCCCCACACACACACAGUUUCUUAGACUCACCUGGUUGCCAUGGCGACCUCCCCUACCUGUCACAAUGCGUCCAUCAGAGCGUCUCAGUGAAACCUGAGCAGGCGUGGCGGCUCGUGGUCACCUGAUCCGAGCGGCUGCUGAAUGUUUGAUGGAGGCUGUCAGAGAUCCUCUCCACAACAGUUCAAACACCUGAAUAGGUAGUCAGCAGACAGGUAGUCAGCAGACAGGUAGACGAUUCAUCAGGACGCUCCGAGGCUUCAACAGGUUCAGCAUCGCCCUUGUUGCUGCCGUUGUCCUUGGAUUGGAGUUGUGGAGUCUGAUAACCACCGACAGGUGAUGGUGCCAGGAUGUCUGACGGGAGGCAGCGAACUUUGUCCACCUCUGGAGAGUCUCUGUAUCAGGUCCUGGCUCUGGAGAAAGGCUGCAGCCAUGACGACAUCAAGAAGUCCUACAGGAAGCUGGCGUUGCGGUACCAUCCCGAUAAGAACCCAGACAACCCGGAGGCGGCGGAGAAGUUUAAGGAGCUGAACAGCGCUCACGCCGUCCUGUCCGAUCUCACCAAGAGGAACAUCUACGACUCGUACGGCUCUCUGGGACUCUACGUGGCCCAGCAGUUCGGAGAGGACAAUGUCAACACCUACUUCAUGCUGUCCACCUGGUGGGCCAAGGGUCUGUUCCUGGUGUGCGGGAUCCUGACCGGGUGUUACUGCUGCUGCUGUCUCUGCUGCUGCUGCAACUGCUGCUGUGGGAAACUCAAGCCGACGCCCACAGGUGAGGGGGCGGAGCCAGACUACUUCUCCCCUGAUGACCUGGAGGAAGAGAUACGCAAUGACCCCGACCAUGACGUUGAAACUCCGAUCGUUCAACAGCCGACGAACGCCAGCGAGAAAACUCAGCUGAUCACCGACGGACAGCGCAGAUAUGGAGACACCUUCUCAUGAACCCACAGGAAACAGGAAACGCAUCACUGAUCCAUCCACUGCGCCCUAACGGGUCAUUUACAUAAACAGGCCAAAAGUAUGUGGACAAACUGGUAAAUAUACUUUUGGCCUGACAUAAAUAUUUUCGUUAAGAUCUGUGGAAACAGAAACAGAUUAAAAUGUUCUGGUUGGUCUGAGGUCAGACUGCUACUUUAAUGAUUAUAUACAUUGCAGUGCAGUAAGUCUUUAAAUCAUUAUAUUUUAUUAAACUAACACUCUGAUUGGUUGAGACGAAGGAGAGGCGGGGCUUAACACAGACCGUUCACACACUGAUUAUAUAUAACGGUUCAGUAUUUGUUGUUGUUGUUGGGUUGAUGUAAAUAAUGUUUUGGUUUCUGUUGAUUUAUUUAUUUGUGCUUGAUGGUGUAAAACUGUGAACUGAAGUCAGAUUGGAAAAUAAAACCACCUGUAACGAC